CAGGAGCAUGUGUUUGUGUGAGAUCUCAACUACCAAAGUGUUCUCUCUGAAUGCCAUGUUUCAACACUGAAAAAAAUUGCAUAGCAUACCUACUCCGCCAGUAGAUCCACGGGGGCCCCUUUCCUGUGUUACACCACACCAUGCUGGGAGUGGAGAGGAACGAGAGCAGCGUCACAGACGGCGUGAACUGCACGGGCCUGUACGACCACCGGGGCGUGGCACGCAUGCUCAUGCCGCUGCACUACACGCUGGUGUUCGCCCUGGGCCUGCUGGGCAACAGCUUGGCACUGCACGUCAUCUGGGUGCAGCGGUCCAAGAUCAACGCCACCACACUCUACUCGGCCAACCUGGCGGCGUCCGACGUGUUGUUUGCGCUCUCGCUGCCGCUGCGGGCGCUCUACUACGCGCUGGGCUUCCACUGGCCGCUGGGCGAGAUUGCGUGCAAGGUCAGCGGCAUGCUCUUCUACAUCAACACGUACGCCGGCGUCAACUUCAUGACGUGCCUGGCGCUGGACCGCAUGGUGGCGGUGGUGGGCCCGCGGAGGCUGGCCCGGCUCCGGGAGGUGGCCACCGUGCGCUGGGUGUGCCUGGGCGUCUGGCUGCUGGUGGCUGUCCAGACGCUCCCCUUGCUGGCCAUGCAAAUGACCCGCACCGAGGCCGACGGCAGCGUCUCCUGCAUGGAGUACCCGAUCCUGGAGGCGUCCGUGGGCAAGACACUGCCCCACACACUCAUAGGCGCCGUUGCCAUGGGCUACGGGGUGCCCGUGAUCACUAUCCUGGUGUGCUACUCGGUGCUGUGGCACAAGCUCCACAGCGUCACCCGCGUCAACCAGCUAAGUGUGCGCUCGGGACGCAGCCAGAAGGCCAUGGGCGUGACGGCAGGGGUAGUGCUGGUCUUCCUUGUCUGCUUCACACCAUACCACGUGAACUUGCUCCAGUACAUGAUCCGGAAGCUUCUGUACCGGCCCAGCUGCGAUGAGCUGCGCUCUUUCCAGGUGUCGCUGCACGUCACCGUCUGCCUGAUGAACUUCAACUCCUGCCUGGAUCCCUUCGUCUACUUCUUCGCCUGCCAGGGCUACAAGCGCAAGGUGCUAACAUUGUUCAAGAAAAAGGCCCUCCUCUCUAAAAGCAUAUACUCCUCCCCCGAGAGCUCCGGCUCCAAUGUGAACCGCUACAGUCUCCGUAUGCGCCUCAACAGUGUCAGGGACAAGGACAAGGACGAGUCACUGUGAUGGCCAGAGGACUCAAGCUGGGUCCCAACCAAAACAGCCUGGAGUAUUUCGGAUUCGUUUUAUCUGAUGACACUUGUUUUCUUUACUGAUGCUGAUUGUUUAGGAUAUGCAGCAUAAAUCCAUUUUUAUGGUACAGAACUGACUGAACACAGGACAAUAAUUUGCCAGUGACAGCAAAUGCUCCACCAUAUUUGGACACAGAUCCAACAUUCUUUGUAAGGCAGAGUAAAAGCUAGAGCGUAAAAGCGCUAAGAGAAUUGACUGCAUUUUCUUAUUUGUGUAUUUCCAUUGAAAAUUUCUAUUAAAGAUUAGACAUGAAUCUAUGAAAGCAAGCUCACGGAGUCUAUAAGGAAAAAAGGACCCGCUGUCAUAGACAUUUUUCAUCUCAAAUGUCAACACAAAAGCUGAAAUCUGAUAAGAGCUGCUGCAAAAAGUAAUAGACGAUAAAAGUACAUGUGGUUUCAAUGCAUUUGAGGCAAACAAAGUUUCCUUUAGUU